AUGUCGAAAUACGUCAUUGAAGUUGAUCAAGAUCAUGGAAGCACCGAUUAUACAAGUGGUUAUGAUAGUGAUACAACGAGCCUUUCAAGUGCGGUGAAGGACCAUGUUUAUGAGAAUGGGAGACGAUAUCAUGGAUGGCACGAGGGGAGAUAUGCAAUGCCCAAUGACGAAGAAGAGCAGGACCGGAUGGACCUGCAGCACCACAUAUGUCUAUUAGCACUGAAAGGCCGCCUUCACGCAUCUCCCCAUCUUGAGAACCCGCAGAAAAUACUCGACCUCGGCACCGGAAACGGUAUCUGGGCCAUUGACUGUGGAGAUGUAUAUCCCGAUGCCGAAAUCAUUGGCGUCGACUUCUCGCCGAUCCAGCCCCGCUGGGUGCCCCCAAAUGUCACUUUCGAGGUCGACGAUAUAGAGCAAACUUGGACCCAUCCAGACAACACCUUUGACAUGGUACAUAUCCGCCAGCUUAUCGGCUUCAUAGAUGACUGGCCCAAGCUCUACGCACAAGCCAUGCGGGUCCUCAAGCCGGGCGGCAUCCUCGAGAUCAGCGACUUUCUUGGCUUUGGUUCUGACGACAACACCCUCCCGGACGACUCAACAAUAAUGAAGUGGUGCACGAUGUGGAUAGACGGCAUCUCCAAAGCAGGGCGCCAGCUCCCCACGUCCGACCACGCGAAGCAGAUGGCGAAGGUGGGCUUCGAGGGUGUCAAGUACGAUCCCGUCAAGAUUGCGCUCGGCACCUGGCCAAAAAACAGGGCGCAGAAGGACCUGGGAUUCUACAUGCGGCAGCACAUGAUUGAUGGGUGCGACAGCAUCUCGCUCGCCGUGUUUAUGAGGUUUCUGAGAAUGGAUAGGGAUACGGUGAAGGAGCUGAAUAGUCAGUUCAGGCAGGACCUGGCGAAUAGGUCGUACCACUCGCACACGAACUUUCAUGUCACAUAUGGGAGGAAGCCGUUGGUACCUGCUGUUACUGCUGCUGCUGUUGCUGUGAGUGGGGUGUGA